AUGGCCCCGAGCAACCCCUCAUACCUCAUUAUCGGUGCUGGUGUAUUCGGUGUAUCAACUGCUUAUACCCUUAUCCAAAAAUACCCAAACGCAUCGGUCACCCUGGUCGACCGAGAUGCAUACGAUGCCGACUCUCGCGUGGCAGCAUCAUGGGAUUGGAACAAGGUGAUUCGCGCUGACUACGACGACAAAGUUUACUGCAAGCUAGCUCUUGAAGCGCAAGAUAUCUUCAAAUCCGAUCCUCUGUGGCAGCCUCAUUUCCACCAAACAGGUGUGUACUGGAAUUGCCGCAGCGACUACGCACAAACCGUUAUCACCAAUCACAAAGAGCUAGGCCGCAAUGACGAUAUCAUUGCACUACCUGUUGCCAAGGCCCGAAAGCUGUACGGUGGUAUUUUUGACAAUGCGGACUACACCGGCGUGAAGGAGGUUCUCAUCAACAGAGCUAGUGGUUGGGCCGCCGCCGGAGAUGCGCUCCGCGCCGUCACGAAGAGGUGCCUAGAAUUGGGCGUGAAAUAUGUGACUGCUGAGGUUGCCACUCUUGAGUUCGACGGUCGAGGCUCCUGUACUGGCGUAAAGACAAAAUCUGGAGAUGUGUUGUCGGCUACCCAUGUUAUCGUUGCUGCGGGCGCUUUUACGCCUACGUUGCUGGAGUGGAGUGCCGCGAAGAGUGGAAAUCCUGGUCUCCGGGCUGGAGAGCGUAUCUUAGCUGCUGGUAUCACAACUGGAAUGGCACAACUCACUGAUGAGCAGUAUAAGAAGUAUAAAGAUAUGCCUGUUGGUUUCCAGGGCUACACGCCCGAAGAGGGCAAACCAUUCAUUGGCAGUCUCCCUCCCACCAAGGACGGAGAGCUCAAGUGGUGGGGAUCCAAGAUCUUCACAAACACCCGUGAGGUCCUCCCUGGCCGUUCCAUCUCUUCUCCCCCGCCUACAUUCGACUACAACCAGUGGAAGGUUCCUGGACCUCUCAAACAGGAUAUCAUCGAGGCUAGGAAUCUAUGGUAUGGACCUGAGAGUGCGACUUGGAACAUGACCAAGCACAGAAUCUGCUGGGACGCCUUCACCACCACGUCUGACUUUAUCAUUUCUCCUCACUCAGCCUCCAGAGGACUCUACGUCGCAACAUGCGGUUCUUUCCACGGUUACAAAUUCUUCCCCGUGCUUGGGAAAUACGUCACACAGAUGCUUGAGGGCGAGCUUGCGCCCGAAUUGGUAGAGAAAUGGGCUUGGGACCGGCAGCGGCCAGAUUCAUCGCAGAAUGUGGAGUACCCGAACUCUGAGAUGAGACAUCUGUUGCAGCCGGCAGCGAAGCUAUAA